AUGUCGGCAACUACCGACCUUCCAAAGCGACCGGCAGAUGCCGCCAAGGCUGCCCUGGACUCGGCUGUCCACCACACCGUCAAUGGUGACGCUGUAGCCACCUCUUCGGAAGACGCCUCCGGUGCUAGCGCGCCAUCAAAUACGGAUGCCAAUGCUAACGAGUAUCGCACCGUCUUCCAGGACGCCAACAACUUCAACGUCAAGCACCCGCUGUACAACUCGUGGACGUUGUGGUUUGACAACCCCUCCCAAAAGGGCAUGGCAUCUGCGCGUGGAAGCAAGGAGAGCUGGGGGGACGACAUGAACAAGGUGGUCGACUUUGACAGUGUGGAAGAGUUCUGGGGUCUUUACAACAACGUGGUGCCACCUUCGGAAUUGCCACAAAAGGCCAACUACUACCUCUUCAAGCAAGGUGUCAAGCCUGCUUGGGAAGACCCUGCCAACACCAACGGUGGUAAAUGGAGCAUCCAACUGCCACGCGAUAAGACUCGCGCACAGAUCGACCGAUUGUGGCUCUACACCAUGCUCGCCGCCAUCGGUGAGACGCUCGAGGCACCGUUUCCGAAUGGCGCCGCUCCUCCCAGCAGCAGUGCCGAGGACGAGCUGGUGACGGGUGUUAUCAUGUCUGCGCGUGCUAACUUUUACCGCAUCGCGAUCUGGACAAGAAAAGCCGAGGACACCGACGAGUUGGCAGCCAAGCUGCUCGACAUUGGCAAGCAGUUCAAGGUGAAUGUGUUGGGCUACGAGAUCGAUGCCAAGAUCGGCGCCGGUCUGACGAGCGAUGUCGAGUUCCAGAGCCACAAGGAGAGCGAGAAGAAGAAGGGCAAAAAGACCAUCGUUUAA